AUGAAUUGCCUGGUUCUCCUAUUGGGCUCCCGUUCCUUGUUUCAGGUCAUUGAAACAUUGAUCUUGGCCUAUUUUGCUUCAGUAUCUUUGACUUCCUCCAGGGGUCUUUUCCCAAGGCUGGUGAACGUGGGAGCUUUCAAGAAUGUUUCAAUUGUGCCAACCCACGCAGUGUGUGGACUCACAGGCCGAAGCCCGUUUUGUUAUAGCUCUGAGCCUGCUCCUAGUACCCAGCCCUGUGCCCAGAGAUUUUGUAUUCAGGAUUGUCCCUAUCGAUCUUCCUCCCCCACCUACACCGCCCUGUUCUCAGCAGGCCUGGGGAACUGCACCCUGGCGGACUGGGUUGACCUGCAUCCCGGCUCUAAGAGCAAAGCUACCAGUUUUAUUUUUGGAAAUCAUGAGAAUUGCUUUUCCUCUUUUCCUUCUCCGAAGCUGGAAGCGGCUUUGACUUUGGUUGUGUGGUUGAAGCCUGAGGAAGAAGGCCUAAUGUGCGUGAUAGAAAAGUCGGCAAAGGGGCAGAUAGUGUUCAAACUUACAAUAUCUGAGAAAGAGACCAUGUUUUAUUACCGCACAGUAAAUGGUUUGCAGCCUCCAAUAAAAGUAAUGACACUGGGGAGAAUUCUUGUGAAGAAAUGGAUUCAUGUUAGUGUGCAGGUGCAUCAGACAAAAGUCAGCUUCUUCUUCAAUGGUUUGGAGGAAAAUAGCAAAGCUUAUGAUGUGAGAACUCUGAGUGGGACCAUUGAAGACUUUGCUUCCAGUGCUAUACAAAUAGGCCAGAGUUCAAAUGGUUCAGAGAAGUUUGUUGGAAGAAUGCAGGAUUUUCGGUUAUACAAAGAGACACUUACAAACAGAGAAAUUCUGGAGGUUUUCUCAGGAGAGUUGCCCCGAUUGCACACUCAGCCGCACUGUCGCUGCCCCGGCAGCCACCCUCGUGUCCAACCAUUGGCCCAGAAAUAUUGCAUUCCCAAUGGUGCAGAAGACACAACUGAAAACCAGGUGUCCCGGCUGAAUCCUCAGGCUCAUCCCCUUGCCUUUGUCAAUGAUGGCGACGUUGAAACUUCCUGGGUUUCGCGUGUGUUCACAAACCUCACCCACUUGAACCAAGGAGUGACUAUUUCCCUGGAUUUGGAAAAUGGACAGUAUCAGGUGUUUUACAUUACUGUCCAGUUCCUUAGUCCACAACCAACAGCCAUUAGGAUUCAAAGGAAGAAGGAAGACAGCUCAGAUUGGGAGGACUGGCAGUAUUUUGCUAGAAACUGCAGUACUUUUGGGAUGGAAAACAAUGGAGAUUUGGAACUUCCUGACUCUGUCAACUGUCUUCAGCUUCCUAAUCUUACUCCAUUUUCCCACGGUAAUUUCACAUUUAGCAUCCUGAGACCUGGAUCAAAACCUCGUCCUGGAUACAAUAACUUCUGUAACACUCCAUCUCUUCAAGAAUUUGUAAAAGCCACACAAGUAAGACUUCAUUUCCAUGGACAGUACUAUACAAUGGAGACUAAGUUUAAUAUUGGACACAGAUACUAUGCUGUGAGUGAAAUCACCAUCACUGGGAGAUGCCAAUGCAAUGGCCAUGCUAAUAACUGUGACACCACAAGCCAGCCAUACAGGUGCAUUUGCUCACAGGAAAGCUUCACUGAAGGAUUUCAAUGUGACCGCUGCUUGAGCCUCUACAAUGACAAGCCUUUCCACAGAGGGACUAAAGCCCGCGUUUUCCAUUGCAAACCUUGCCAGUGCAAUGGCCACGCCCGCAGCUGCCACUAUGAUGCCUCCCUGGACCCAUUUCCUUCUGAGCAUGGGAAGGGCGGGGGCGGUGUGUGCGAUGACUGCCAGCACAAUACCUCAGGGAGGAACUGUGAGCUGUGCAAGGAUUACUUUUUUCGAGAGUCUGGUGCAGAUCCAUCAGCCAUGGAUGUUUGCAAAGCCUGCGAUUGUGACAAAGCUGGCACGAGGCGUGGAAGCCUCCUCUGUGAAAAGAUUGGAGGCCAGUGUAAUUGUAAGAGACAUGUGUCUGGGCGAGAGUGCAAUCAGUGCCAGAAUGGAUUCUACAAUCUACAAGAGUUGGAUCCUGAUGGCUGCAGCCCCUGUAACUGCAAUACCUCUGGGACAGUGGAUGGAGAUAUUACCUGUCACCAAAAUUCAGGCCAGUGCAAGUGUAAAGCAAACGUUAUUGGGCUCAGAUGCGAUCAAUGUAAUUUUGGAUUUAAGUUUCUCCGAAGCCUUCAUGGGGAUGGAUGUGAACCCUGCCGGUGUAACCUCCAUGGCUCCGUGAACCAACUCUGCCACCCUCUUUCCGGGCAGUGUGAGUGCAGAAGAGAGGUCAAAGGACUUCAGUGCGACACCUGCAGAGAACACUUCUAUGGGCUGGACAUCACGGGUUGCAAGGCCUGCGACUGUGACCCAGCCGGGUCCCUCUCAGGGACCGUGUGUGACGGGGAGACGGGCCAGUGCCGCUGUAAGCCCAAUGUCGGAGGGAGACAGUGCGAUCGGUGCUCGGCCGGCUACUUCUAUCUGCAGCAAGCGGAUGCUUUCCUCUGUCUGCCUUGUCGCUGUGCUAAGACCGCGAUGGCCAAGGCUUCUGUGCCCUGUGACCGGUUAGCAGGACAAUGUCCCUGCCAGUCAGGAGGCAGGGGUCUUCACUGCCAUCCGUGUGAGCCUCGCGGAUACAAUUUGACCGUGGGCGAUUUACACGCUUGCCCGAUGUGUGAAUGUGACUCUUUGGGGACAGUCCCCGGGACCAUUUGUGACCCCAUCAGCGGCCAGUGUCUAUGUGCACCUAACUGGCAAAACAGAAAAUGUCACCAAUGUCCAGCAGGAUUUUAUGUUUCUCCGGGCAAUGCGAGUGGCUGUGUUCCAUGUUCUUGCCAUAUACCUGGUGCAGUCAGUCAUAUCUGUGACAGCCUGACUGGCCAGUGCACUUGCCAAGAUGUUUCUACUGGAGGGCAAAACUGUGACCAGUGUGCAGCCCAGUACUUCGGGUUUGAUCCCCAGACUGGAAGAUGUCAGCCUUGUAAUUGUCAUCUCUCAGGAGCCCGGAAUGCAACCUGUCACUUGCUCACAGGCCAGUGUUCCUGUAAACAAUUUGUGACCGGCUCCAAAUGUGACACUUGUGUUCCUGACGCGAGCCAUUUGGAUGUCAAGAAUCCAUGGGGAUGCAGCAAAACUCCCUCCCAGCAACCUCCACCCAGAGGAGAAGUUCAAAGUUCUUCUGCUAUCCAUCUCUCUUGGAAUCCACCUGAUUCCCCAAAUGCCUAUUGGCUUAUGUACAAUUUAUUCAGGAAUGGACAUGAAAUCUACACAACUGAGGAUCUUUAUCCAUACAGUAUUCAAUUCUUCACAGACACUUCCUUGUCACCGUAUACCACCUAUUCAUAUAACCUCAAGACCACCAAUGUCCACGGCUCAACAAGGAGUAUGGCUGUCCUUUAUCAGACAAAGGCUGGGGUCCCAGGGGGACAUUUGAACUUAACUUACAUCAUACCGGUUAGCUCCAAUUUUGUAACAUUUACCUGGAAUGCACUCUCCAAUCAUUCUGGCCCUAUAGAAAAAUAUAUUUUAUCCUGCACUCCUCUGGAUAGCAUUCAGCCAUGUGUUGCAUAUGAAGGCCAGGAAACUUCAGCCACCAUCUGGAAUCUGGUUCCCUUCAGCCAGUACAAUGUUUCUGUCCAGGCAUGUACCAGUGGGGGCUGUUUACACAGCUUACCCAUCACAGUGACCACAGCUCAGGCACCCCCCAGAAAGCUAAAUCCACCCAAGAUACAGAAAACCAGCUCCACAGAACUUCAUGCAGAAUGGACUUCACCUCUGGACCCAAAUGGAAUAAUUAUAAGAUACGAAUUAUACAUGAGAAGACUGGGAUCUACUGAAGAAAGUCAAGUGUUUCAGAGCAGGGGCUGGUUCAAUCCUCACCCAUUUUCAAGAUCAGCUAAUGAACAUGCAGAGAAAUGGCCUCAAAUGACUGCACACAUCACUGGUUUGGAGCCAUACACGGAGUAUGAGUUUAGAGUCUUAGCUGUGAAUAUGGCUGGCAGUGUGUCUUCUGCCUGGAUCUCAGAAAGAACAGGAGAAUCAGUUCCUGUAUCCAUGGACCCUCCUUUGGUUUUUCCCAUCUCAUCGAAUUCUCUCAACAUCUCCUGGGAAAAACCAGCAGAAAAUAUUACAAGAGGAGAAGUUGUAAGGUUUAACAUCAAUAUGAUUUCUAAACAGUCACCUCAACAAUCAAUUCCAGUGUUCUUUACUCAGCUGUUGCACACUGCUAAACCUCAAGAUGUAUCUUACGUUGUAAAAGGAUUGAAACCUUAUACGAUCUACAACUUUACUGUUUCCCUCUGCAAUGCAGUUGGUUGUGUAGCCAGUGUUCCUGGAGCAGGACAGACUUUAGCAGCUGCACCUGCACGACUGAGGCCACCUGUGGCACAAGGCGUCAACAGUACCACGAUGCAUCUCAGGUGGCUCCCACCUGAAGAGGUCAAUGGGCCUGCCCCUGUGUACCAGCUAGAGAGGAAAGAAUCAUCUCUGCCAGCUCCCACGGCUGCCAUGAUCAAAGGAAUCCGCUUCAUGGGAAAUGCAUAUUGUAAAUUCCCCAGCACCACUUUCCCCCUUGGUACAGACUUCACUGGCAUUAAGGCUAGCUUCCGAACCAGGGAACCUGAUGGGCUGAUUGUCUUUGCUGCAUCACCUGGCAACCAGGAAGAGUAUUUUGCAUUGCAGUUGAAGAAUGGCCGUCCUUAUUUUCUCUUUGAUCCUCAGGGUUCAUCAGUAGAAGUUACCACAACAAAUGAUCGUGGGAAACAAUAUAAUGAUGGCAAAUGGCAUGAAAUAAUUGCUAUUAGGUACCAGGCUUUUGGUCAGAUCACUGUGGAUGGACAGUAUAUAGGUUCCUCAACCAGCCUGAAUGGUAGUACAGUCAUUGGAGAUAACACAGGUGUCUUUGUGGGAGGGCUACCUCAAGGCUACCCCAUCCUCAGAAAGGAUCUGGAGAUCACCCAAAAGGGUUUUGUGGGCUGUCUGAAGGAUGUGCAUUUCAUGAAGAAUUACAAUCCCUCUGCUGUCUGGGAACCCCUGGAUUGGCAGAGCUCUGAAGAGCAAGUGAAUGUGUGUAACAUUUGGGAGGGGUGUCCUGCUUCAUUACAGGAAGGAGUUCAGUUCCUGGGAUCAGGGUUCCUGGAACUUCACUCAAAUAUAUUUCAUGGUGGGAUAGAAUUUGAGAUCUCCCUGAAGUUCAGAACUGACCAGUUAAAUGGAUUGCUGCUUUUCAUUUACAACGAAGAUGGAUCCGACUAUAUGGCCAUGGAACUGAAAAAUGGAGUACUGAGCCUCCAUUUAAAUGCCAAUUUUACCCUAAUACAAGUGGAGCUUUGGCUGGGUCUAUCUUAUUGUGAUGGAAGGUGGAAUAAAGCAACUAUUAAAAGGGAGGGUUCCAUUCUAUCAGCAAGCAUGAAUGAAGUGGUGGAGCAUUCAUCAGAUGCUGGAGCCCAGCCACUGCUGGUGAACUCAUCUGUGUACCUGGGAGGAAUCCCACAGGAGCUGAGGAACUUCUACAGACACUUGAAUUUGGAGCAAGGUUUCGGUGGCUGCAUGAAGGAUGUUACAUUUGCACGGGGUGCUGUCGUUAACUUGGCAUCUGUGUCCAGCAGCGCUGUCACAGUCAAUCUGGAUGGAUGCCUAUCAACUGACAUCGCUCGUAACUGCAGGGGAAAUAACUCCAUCCUGGUUUACCAGGGGGGAGAGCAGAGUGUUUAUGAGCACGGGCUCCAUCCCUUUACAGAAUACCUUUAUCGACUCGUAGCGUCCCAUGAAGGAGGUUCGGGAUUUAGCAAUUGGAGUCGGGGGCGUACCACAGGAACAGCUCCACAAAGUGUGCCAACUCCCUCAAGAGUUCGAAGUAUAAACGGAUAUAAGCUUGAAGUGACCUGGGAUGAACCGGUUGUGGUGAGCGGUGUACUUGAGAAAUACAUCCUGAAAGCAUAUAGUGAGGGUGACCCUCGUUCUUCGCAGAUGCCCACGGCCCAGACUGAGUUUGUCUGUACCAGUCCCCUCACAGGGACAGGCAUAUUGACAGGUGUACUCCCCUUCAGAAACUAUGCAGUAACCCUAACGGCUUGCACCCUGGCUGGCUGUACUGAGAGCUCACAAGCAUUGAACAUCUCUACUCCACAAGAAGCUCCACAAGAGGUUCAGCCACCAGUAGCUAAAUCCCUUCCCAACUCAUUGUUACUCUCUUGGGAACCACCCAAACAAGCAAAUGGUAUUAUAACUCAGUACUCCUUAUACAUGGAUGGGAGCUGCAUCUAUACAGGCAAAGGGGAGAAUUACACAGUUACAGAUUUAGGGGUAUUUAUGCCCCACCAUUUUCUUCUCAGUGCAUGCACCCACGUGGGCUGCACCAACAGUUCCCAGGUCAUACUGUACACGGCACAGCUGCCUCCUGAACAAGUGGAUGCCCCAAUUUUGACUGUCCUGGAUUCCAGAACCGUACAUGUGCAAUGGAAACAACCACAGAAACUCAAUGGGAUUCUGGAACGCUAUCUAUUAUAUAUUUCUAAUCAUACACAUGAUUUUACAAUUUGGAAUGUCAUCUAUAACAGCACUGAACUUUUCCAGCAGCAUGUGCUGCGAUACCUUUCCCCUGGUAAUAAAUAUCUCAUCAAGCUGGGAGCCUGCACCAGAGGGGGGUGUUCACUGAGUGAGGCCAGUGAGGCCCACAUGGAUGAGAACAUCCCAGAAGGUGUGCCAGCCCCCAAAGUCCACUCCUAUUCACCUUACUCCUUUAACAUCUCCUGGACUGAGCCUGACUAUCCGAAUGGUGUGAUCACACGUUAUGGCUUAUAUCUGGAUGGUGUGUUAAUUCACAAUUCAUCAGAACUCAGCUGUCACGCUGAUGGGCUUGCUCCUGGAAGCUUCCAUUCCUUUCAAGUCCUGGCUUGCACAGCCAGAGGUUGUGCUCUGGGCCCACUGGUGGAAAAUCGGACUCAAGAAGCUCCUCCUGAAGGAACAGUAACCGUAUUUGUCAAAAUGGACAGAUCCCAGAAACCCCACGUGAGAUGGGAAGCACCUUCCUGCCCUAAUGGACGCUUAACUUACUCAGUCCUGUUCACUGGGAUUUUCUUCACAGAUAGAGCAGGUCAUAACUACACCCUCGUGAACGGCACAAAAAUCAUGCACAGUACUGAAGAGAGCAAUGUUUGGGUGAUCAUUGAUGACUUGGUUCCUUUCACUAACUACACCAUCAGAGUCAAUGCUUCCAAUAGCCAGGGCAGCUUGACCAGUCAUCCUGUAACACUCGUGAUGCCUCCGGGGGCUCCAGAUGGCCUGCUGCCUCCCAGGCUUUCAUCUGCCACUCCAACCAGUCUUCAGGUUGUCUGGUCUACACCAGCUCGUAACAACGCCCCUGGCUCUCCCAGAUACCAACUCCAGAUGAGGCCUGGCUACUCCACCCAUGGCUUUCAAGAAUUAUUUCCUCAUCCUUCAGCAUCCUUAAACUAUGAAGUGAGAGACCUCGAGCCAUACACAGAGUAUGAGUUUCGGUUGGUUGCCUCCAAUGGAUUUGGCAGUAUCCACAGUUCUUGGAUUCCAUUCAUGACUGCAGAGGACAAACCUGGACCCAUAGAUCCUCCAGUUAUUCUGGAUGUGAAGUCAAGAAUGAUGGUGGUCACCUGGCAACGUCCUUUGAAAAGCAAUGGGAUGAUCACCCAUUAUAACCUUUACCUACACAGUCAUCUGUACCGGAGGACAUCUGGGAAUGUCACUGAUUGCACGGUAAUCCAUCUACGCCCAGAUACUGCCUACGUGUUUCAGGUGGAAGCCUGUACGUCAAAAGGAUGUUCCCUUUCACCAGAAUCCAGGACUGUUUGGACACUGCCUGGAGCACCAGAAGGGAUCCCGAGCCCUGAGCUCUUCUCAGAUACUCCUACAUCUGUCAUUGUAUCUUGGCAACCACCUGCCCACCCCAAUGGAUUGGUGGAUAACUUCACCAUUGAGAGAAGAGUCAAAGGAAAGGAAGAAGUCACCACCCUUGUGACUCUCCCAAGAAGUCAUCCCAUGAGAUUCAUUGACAAGGCUCCGAUUCUUAGCCCAUGGACAAAAUAUGAAUACCGAGUAUUAAUGAGCACUGUCAAUGGAGGAACCAAUAGCAGUGCUUGGGAAGAAGUUACCACCAGACCUUCAAGACCCGCUGGGGUGCAGCCACCAACGGUGCAUGUGCUGGGAUCUGAUGUAGCCAAGGUCACGUGGAAACCCCCACUUCUCCAGAACGGAGACAUAUUGAGCUAUGAGAUCCGAAUGCCUGACCCUCACCUCACCAUAACCAAUGUGACUUCCAUAGGAUUGAGUCGAGUAAUUGAUCAUCUGAUCCCUUUCACUAAUUAUUCUGUCACCAUUGUGGCUUGCUCAGGGGGUAACGGGUACCUAGGAGGGUGCACAGAGAGUCUGCCUACCUAUGUUACCACCCACCCUACACUACCACAGGAAGUCAGUCCAUUGUCAGUGAUUCCAUUAAGUGAAUCAUAUGUGGUAAUUUCUUGGCAACCACCAUUCAGGCCAAAUGGACCUAAUUUGAGAUAUGAGCUUUUGAGACGGAAAAUUCAGCAACCACUUGCAGCAAAUCCCCCAGAAGAUUUAAAUCUGUGGCACAAUAUUUAUUCAGGAACUCAGUGGUUUUAUGAAGAUAAGGGUCUUAGCAGGUUUACAACCUACGAGUAUAAGCUGUUUGUCCACAACAGUGUGGGUUUUACUCCAAGUCCUGAAGCAACUGCGACAACAUUAGCUGGUCUUCCAGAGAGAGGGCCCAACCUCACUGCCAGUGUUCUUAACCACACAGCCAUUGGUGUGAACUGGACCAAACCAAGUUUUCAAGACCUACAGGGGGAUGUUGAAUAUUAUACACUGUUUUGGUGUUCUGCUUCCUCAAAUGAAUCUCUGAAAAUCCCCCCAGAUGUAAGCUCUUAUAUCAUUGACCACUUAAAUCCAAACACAGAGUAUGAGAUUUUUAUCUCUGUCUUCAAUGGAGUGCACAGCACCAACAGUACAGUACUGCACACAACCACCUGUGACGGGGAGCCUCAGGGCAUGCCUCCUCCAGAGGCUGUCAUCAUCAACAGUACAGCUGUACGUGUCAUCUGGCCGUCUCCUUCAAACCCAAAUGGUGUUGUCACGGAGUAUUCUGUCUAUGUAAAUAAUAAGCUGUACAGGACUGGGAAGGAUAUGCCUGGGUCAUUUAUUCUGGGAGGAUUGUCUCCCUUCACUGUCUAUGACAUUCAGGUUGAAGUUUGUACCCAUUAUGCCUGUGUGAGAAGCAAUGGAACUCAAAUCAGCACUGUGGAAGAUGUGCCAAGUGACGUACCAACCCCCAUCAUUCAUGGCAUCACAGCAAGAUCUCUUCAAAUAGAUUGGGCAUCUCCAGGAAAACCAAAUGGCAUAAUUCUUGGAUAUGACCUUUUACGGAAAGCAUGGCAUUUAUGCCCUAAAAUCCAAAAGCUAAGGAAGGACCAUAUUGGCGAUAAGGUUUGCAAGGCAGUGAAGUGUCAAAAACCUGAAGAUAUCUGUGGGCUCACUUGCUAUUUUCCUGAAGCAAAGGUAUGUUGUAAUGGAAUUCUCUACAACUUCCAGCCCGGGUACUACUGUUGUGAAGAAAAGUAUAUCCCAUUUGUUCUGAAUUCAACUGGGAUUUGUUGUGGUGGCCGAAUUCGAGAGGCACAGCCCAAUCAUCAGUGUUGCUCUGGGUAUUAUGCUAAAAUUCUUCCAGGUGAAGUAUGCUGCCCAGAUGAAGAGCACAAUCGCGUUUCCAUUGGCACUGGUGACUCCUGCUGUGGCCGAAUGCCGUACUCCUCCUCAGGACACCAGAUUUGCUGUGCGGGGAGGCUCCACGAUGGCCAGGGCCAGCAGUGCUGCGGUGGACAGAUUGUGAGACAAGAUUUAGAAUGCUGUGGGGGCGAAGAGGAGGGUGUGGUGUACAGUCCUCUUGCAGGGAUGUUCUGUUGUGGGCAGGAUUAUGUGAAUAUGUCAGAUACCAUAUGCUGCUUAGCUUCCAGUGGAGAGUCUAAAGCUCAUGUUAAAAAGAAUGACCCAGUGCCAGUAAAAUGCUGUGAGACUGAACUUAUUCCAAAGAGCCAGAAAUGCUGUAAUGGAGUUGGAUAUCAUCCUUUGAAAUAUGUUUGCUCUGACAAGAUUUCAACUGGAAUGAUGAUGAAGGAAACUGAGGCAUGUGGGAUCCUAUGCCCGGCAUCAAUGAAAGAGACAGCAUAUUGUGGCCAGUGUGACUUCAACUCUACCAGCCACAUUUGUGCUGUGACAAGAGAGCCUCACAAUUCCCAGGGGAAGGCGUCAUCUGAAGAAUUAUGUUCAUCUGCUGAAGAAACUGUUCAUUCGGGAGGUGUAGACACAUACUCCUUCACAGAUGUGAACCGGGAGCCGUACACAUUAUACGAAUACAGAGUUUCCGCCUGGAACAGCUAUGGGACUGGGUUCAGCAGACCCAUUCAAGUGCGCACCAAAGAAGAUGUCCCUCAAGGAGUGACAGCCCCCAAAUGGAGCAAAAUGGGCAAGCUUGAAGAUGCAAUUGCCCUGACCUGGAAGGAACCCAUACAACCAAAUGGUCCUAUCCUGUACUAUAGCCUUCUGCGAAAUGGGAUUGAACGCUUUCGGGGAACAACAUUGAGCUUCUCUGAUACAAAAGGAAUUCGACCAUUCCAGGAAUAUUCAUACCAGCUAAAGGCUUGCACCAUUGCUGGCUGUGCCAGCAGUAGCAAGGUAGUCGCAGGUACUACGCAAGGCAUUCCUGAGAGUGUCAUGCCGCCAAGUGUCACAGCGGCCAGUGCUGAGGCUCUGCAACUGAGCUGGAGGGUCCCAGCACAGCCCAAUGGUGUCAUUAAAGAGUACCAGCUCCGGCAGGCUGGGAGAGGCCUCAUCUACACUGAUGCUGCUGACAGGAGGCAGCAUACGGUCACAGGUCUCCAGCCAUACACCAACUACAGCUUCACACUGACGGCGUGUACAUCUGCCGGAUGCACUUCCAGUGAGCCUUUUCUAGGUCAGACACUGCAGGCAGCCCCUGAAGGUGUGUGGAUGACACCACGCCACGUUAUAGUCAAUUCUACAGCAGUGGAACUAUAUUGGAGUCCUCCAGAAAAGCCCAAUGGCCUCAUCUCUCAAUACCGACUGAGUCGUAAUGGAAGUGUGCUUUUCCUGGGAGGCAGGGAAGAGCGGAUUUUUACUGACACAAACCUAGAACCUAACAGCAGGUACAUGUACAAGCUGGAAGCCAAAACUGGAGGUGGCAGUAGCUCUAGUGAUGAAUACAUUGUCCAGAUGCCAAUUUGGACACCAGAAGCAAUACCAUCUCCAUAUAAUAUCACAGUUAUUGGGCCGUAUUCCAUAUUUGUGGCAUGGACCUUACCAGGGCAUCGGAUUCCCCAAAUUCCUGUGGAGUACAAGGUCCUGCUUGAUGAUGGUGGUAUGACACCUCUGACCUUCUCUGUUGGUCAAUCUCAGUCGACCCUUCUGGAAAAUUUGGCUCCAUUCACACAGUAUCAGCUAAGGAUACAAGCAUGUCAAAAUGGAAGUUGUGGAGUUAGCAGUAAGAUGUCUGUUACAACCUUAGAAGCAGCCCCUGAGGAUCUUCCUGCCCCGGCUCUCAAGGUGCUGGGGUCAUCUUGCAUAGAGGUGAAAUGGGUGCCACCUACAAAACCAAAUGGAGUCAUCAUCAAGUACUUUCUGCAUAGACGUCCUGCUGGCAUGGAAGAGGAAUCUCUUUUAUUCGUCUGGUCAGAAGGAGCCCUGGAAUUCACGGAUGAUUCAGAGACGUUAAGGCCUUUCACACUCUACGAAUAUCGAAUCAGAGCCCAAAACUCCAGGGGUUCUGUGGACAGCCUGUGGUCAUCCGCGCAGACUCUGGAAGCCCCACCUGGAAUCCUUCCAGUCCCCAGGGCUCGAGCUACCAGUGCACAUUCUGUCCUGCUGAACUGGAUCGAGCCAGAAGCACCCAAUGGCAUUAUCUCCCAGUACCGUGUCAUCUAUCAGGAGAGACCAGAUGAUCCAAUGUUUAACAGUUCUACUGUGCAUGCAUUCACUGUGAUGGGUACGAGGCAUGAAGCCCACCUCUAUGGGUUAGAGCCAUUCACCACCUACCACAUUGGCGUGGUGGCCAUGAACUGUGCAGGAGAAGUUUCAAGCCCCUGGACUCGGAUUCGCACUUUUGAGUCGUCCCCCAGUGGACUGGGCAACUUUACAGUUGAACAGAAAGAAAAUGGUCGGGCAUUGCUACUCCAGUGGUCAGAGCCUGUGAGAACCAAUGGAGUCCUGAAGAUGUACAACAUCUUCAGCGAUGGGCUGCUCGAGUACACAGGUUUGAAUCGCCAGUUUCUCUUCCGACGUCUGGACCCCUUCACCCUCUACACUCUGACCCUGGAGGCCUGUACAGAGGCAGGUUGUGCACACUCAGCACCCCAACUUCUCUGGACACAGGAAGCCUCUCCAGACUCGCAGUUGGCUCCUACAGUCCACAGGGUGGCGUCCACCAGUGUUGAACUGCACUGGUCUGAGCCUGUUCAUCCCAAUGGAAAGAUUAUUCGCUAUGAAGUGAUUCACAGGUGCUUUGAGGGCAAAGCUGGGGGUAAUCGGAUAACCCAGGCUGAUGAGAAAAUUGUUUUCUCUGAAUACAAUUCUGAAAGGAAAACAUUCACAUAUAACGACACAGAUUUGCAGCCAGGGACACUGUGUGAAUAUAAAAUCUGUGCUUGGAAUUCGGUGGGGAAUACCUGUAGCUCUUGGAUCGUGGUGAGAACAUUAGAAGCACCUCCAGAGACACUGUCACCACCUGAGGUAUCUUAUGUAUCGAUGAAUCCUCCAGAACUACUGAUUUCCUGGAGGCCUCCAGAGCAGUCGAAUGGCAUUAUCCAGUCCUAUAAGCUACAAAGGAAUGGAAUGCUCUAUCCUUUCUCCUUUGAUGCUGUGACUUUCAAUUACACUGACAAUAAGCUACUUCCUUUUUCCACCUAUAGUUAUGCAGUCCUGGGCUGCACAAGUGGAGGCUGCACCACUAGCAUUCCCACGCACAUCACAACCCCUGAGGCUGCUCCAUCCGGAGUCAGUCCUCCAAUUCUUUGGACCAUCAGUGCCAGCCAAAUAAAUGUAUCUUGGUCACCUCCCUCACUUCCCAAUGGAAGGAUCACUCAAUAUUUGCUUAAAUGUGAUGGCGAGGAGUACCUGGCUGGGCAGAACCUGUCCCUGCUGUUAUCUCACCUACAGCCUUACACUCAGUACAGUGUUUCCCUCACGGCCUGCACAAAUGGAGGAUGUACAACAAGUGUGUCCAAAUCUGCCUGGACAAGGGAAGCACCGCCAGAGAACAUGGAUCCCCCAACAUUGCAAGUCACUGGCUCAGCAUCCAUAGAAAUCACAUGGAAGCCCCCAAGAAAUCCAAAUGGCCAGAUGAGAAGUUAUGAACUUAGGAGGGAUGGAACUAUGGUGUAUACUGGCCUGGAAACCCGCUACCAUGACUUUACCCUUACCCCAGGUGUGGAAUAUGGCUACACAGUGGUUGCCAUCAACAGCCAAGGAAGCAUCCUCAGUCCACUUGUCAAAGAACGCACCAGCCCCUCUGCACCCUCAGGGAUGGAACCUCCAAAACUAUAUGCUAAGGGACCUCAGGAGAUCGUAGUGACUUGGGACCCUCCAGUGAAGACCAAUGGUGACAUCCUCAACUAUACCCUCUUCAUCCGUGAGCUGUUUGACAGGGAAACAAAAGCCACACACUUCCACACAACCCACAAGUCUUUUGGUACUAGGUCAUUCACAGUGAAACAGCUCAAGCCAUUUCACAGGUAUGAAGUACGAAUCCAAGCCUGCACAGUCCUGGGAUGUGCAUCAAGUGACUGGACAGCCACCCAGACCCUGGAGAUCGCACCCCUGAUGCAACCUACCCCACAUCUGGAGGUGCUGAGGGCUGGAAACGGAUUCCAACCCAUGGUUUCCUUGUGGUGGGCAGAACCCCUCCAGCCAAAUGGAAAAGUCUUGUACUACCAAUUGUACAGAAAACAAAAGGCAACUCAGCCUGAACAUCCCAGUCCAAUGUUAAUCUACAACGGGAGCUCACGUUCAUUUAUAGAUUCUGAACUAAUGCCGUUUACAGAGUAUGAGUACCAGGUCUGGGCAGUGAAUUCUGCAGGAAAAGCCUGGAGUAAUUGGACACAAUGUAGAACAGGUCCCGCCCCUCCAGAAGGUCUCAGAGUCCCCACUUUCCAUGCAAUAUCAUCUACUCAAGCAGUGGUCAACAUCAGCGCCCCUGCCAAGCCGAACGGGAAUGUCAGUCUCUACAGGCUGUUCUCCAAUGCUAGUGGAUCUCAGGCUGUGCUGUCUGAAGGCACUGCAACCCAGCAGACUCUUUACAACCUGCAACCCUUCACCACAUACUUCAUUGGCGUGGAAGCCUGCACCUGCUUCAACUGCUGCAGCAAAGGCCCAACAGCUGAGCUGAGAACUCAUCCUGCUCCACCCUCGGGACUGUCCUCUCCUCAGGUCCAGACGCUGACAUCAAGGACAGCUUCCAUCCAAUGGAGCACCCCCCUGCUAGAGAAUGGUGUCAUUCAGAGGUAUGAGCUCCAACUCUAUGUGGCUUGCCAUCCAGACUCAGCUCUGCCCUGUAAGUCCACCCAAACUGAGACAAAGUACACUGGGCCAGGGCACAAGGCGUUCCUCAAAGGACUUCAGCCAUAUACCACCUACAAGCUGAGAGUUCUGGCCCACAAUGAGGUGGGCAGCACUGCUUCUGAGUGGAUCAGCUUCAUCACUGAAAAGGAAUUGCCUCAGUACCGAACCCCAUUUUCAGUGGACAGCAACCUAUCCAUGGUGUGGGUGGACUGGAGUGACUCCUUCCUCCUGAAUGGCCGGCUCAAGGAGUAUGUGUUAACAGACGGAGGACAGCGUGUGUACAGCGGCCUGGACACCAUGCUCUACCUACCAAGGACAUCAGACCAAACCUUUGUUUUUCAGGUCACGUGUACCACAGAGGUAGGAACUGUUAAAACACCAUUGAUCCAAUAUGAUACAUCUACAGGAGUCGGCCUGGUGCUAACAACUCCUGGAGAAAAGAAGGGAUCAGGGGGCAAAAGUACAAAGUUCUACAGUGAACUGUGGUUCAUCGUCUUAAUGGCCAUGCUGGGUUUGAUCUUGUUGGCCAUAUUUCUCUCCCUACUACUACAAAGAAAAAUCCACAAGGAGCCAUAUGUCAGAGAGAGGCCCCCCCUGGUACCUCUUCAGAAGAGAAUGUCUUCAUUGAGUGCCUACCCACCAGGGGAAACUCAUAUGGGAUUAGCUGACACCAAAAUUCCCAGAACUGGGACCCCUGGGAGUAUAAGGAGCAACCCGAGCAUGUCUGUACUGCGUAUUCCAAGUCAGAGCCAACUAAGCCAGUCCUAUUCGCAGAGUUCUCUCCACCGCAGUGUCAGCCAGCUCAUGGACAUUCAAGACAAGAAAGUCUUGACUGAUGAGUCACUGUGGGAAACCAUCAUGGGCCACAGCAGGGGUCUGUAUGUGGAUGAAGAGGACCUGAUGAAUGCCAUCAAGGGCUUCAGCUCAGUGAGCAAAGAACGCACCACGUUCACGGACACCCACCUGUGA